UGCCAUGAUUGGGCCAUAAUUAAGUGACUUCAUAGAUUAUCACCAGUUUUCAAAAUGCGAACAAUUCAUAAAAUUGGAUAAAACCCAAUGGAAUUCAUGUUACUACGUAAUAUUCAAAGAUCUACUCGAUGCAAUAAUAUGAUUUGUCAAUAUGCAGAAGAAUCAAAGCUGAUUGGCGUUAAGGUGAAAAAAGUUGGUAGCUUGGCGGGAGAUGCUAAAUAAAAUUCCCGACGUUGAAAACGCGGGUGGUCUGCAUUUUUUAAAAUUUAAAUGAGGGCCAUUUAUUUUGUAAUAUGAGAAAAUGGAAUUUGAGCAUAACUUGAUGUGUAAUUUUAUAUCCAUCUUUAUUACUAUUCUCUUAGUGUUUGUCACAUGUAUUAUUGUCUUCCAAAAACUAAAGUUAAGAUGGCCUAUGAAGGUAAAUUGCUGGUUUUGUAAUAAUAAUACAAAAAUAACACAACAAGAACUCGAAUGGUGGUUAUGUCCUUUUUGUGAACAGUUUAAUGGUUUUUCUGAGAAUGGUGAUUAUAUGUAUGAUAUACCAGAAUUAUAUAAAGAUUCUACUAAUAAUUCUGUAAAGUAUUGUAGAAGUCAAUCUAAAAUGGAACUGUUCCACAAGAAUACUCUUUGUAAGGAAUGCAAUAAGCAUCAAAAAAUUAAAUUAGCAGAGCUUUCAAAUUUUGAACCAUCCAAUGAAAAAAAAUAUGAUCAAGAAGUUCAACGAUUUAAACACUUUUUGGAAAAAAAAUAUCCACUUUGUACAAAUUGUAAUGCUAUAGUACAAAAUGUAUUGGCUAAACAGACAAUGUGGCUUGCUCAUUAUAAAAUGUUGUUUCUUAAACAGAAACCUAUACGUACAUUUUUCAAUUCUUGGUUUAUCCAAUUUCAGAACACAAAACGAUUUGAAGUGAUUUUUAGAAUCAUUUCAACAAUUUUUGAUUCAGUUACUGUAUAUAAUACUGAAUUUUUACUAUUACCUGUCGGAGGAUUAUUUUUUCAAUUAUGUGCGUGCUGGACUAGUGCAGCAAAAAGAAGAAAUUCUGAUAUUUUAUUGUCCUUUUUAUGGAUUUGUAUAAUCAUACUUAUACCUUUUAAAGAAUAUAAAUUACUAAAAAUAAAUCUUAAACAUAAUUGGUUUUCUCUUGAAUACAUAACUCAAUAUCAUAUGGUCAUCUUUUUUGCAUUCAUCAUAGGCUUUAUGAAUAUAAAACCUCAAUCGAAUAUUAGAUUAAAAAAAGAUAUUAUCUUUAAAAAAAUGGAAAAACAUGUAAAAAAUUCAAAAACACAAAUAUUUCCUGAGAUCGAAAUAAAAAGAAACAUACGGAAGUUUGUUAAAAAAGAUGAAACAGAUUCAAAUGAAACUACUCAUUCUUCAGUAAAUAUGACAAAAUAUUUUAUGACUCCUGUUUCAAUUGACAUUCCUGAUACUGUUAAUACAACAAUGCAUGCAUUGUCGUCAAUGACUGGUCCAGAAUUUCCAAAAUUAUCGACACCUACAAAUAAUUUAGAUAUUCGUUCUACCUUAUCAUUCAAAAGUAAUCAAUUUGAUAACUCUGGAUUAGAUGACAGCAUGAGUACGCUCAGUAUAUUUUCAUUGGACGAUAAUUUACCGAAUUGUCAAAUAAGAACACCCAAAAUGUUUGAAAAAAAAGUCUAUAGUACAGUUAGUUCUGAUUUAUUUAAAAGAUCAAAUAAUACCUUCAGUAAAAAGAAUAUUUUAUCACCACCUAAAUUAAAAUCAGUGACACAAACAUCAUGGGUUGCUGGUGGAUAUUGGCAAGGAGGUAUGGAUGCACCAUCAUUAUCAAGGUCAUCCAGUCAAAGUUCUGGUUUUGGUUCUGUUGGCUCUAACUGUGCUCCUUCCAGAGAACCCUCUAUUCACGAAUUUGAUCAAUGUUCAAUUAUCUCGGAUGCAUCAUUGUCAUAUUAUGGUCACAAGCAAAAUACUAUAAAAUCCGUUAGACGUUUUUGUCAGCCUACUCAAUCAUGUUCUUUCAUAAAACCGAAAAGUUCAAUGUGCCAUCAAACAUUGAAAUUCUCACAUUCAUUUCCUCAGCAAACGUUAACAGCGCAUUUUCCAAAGAAUAAUACAAUUUUUGAUGAAUGUUGCUCACAACAUUCAAAAAUAAGCACAGAUGAAAUAGGAAAUUCAAUGAAUAUACAAACUUAUCCAACUUACACAACAGUAUCAACCAAUCCUAUCUGGUUACAUGCAUUGUUAUGUGGUUCACUUAUAUUAAAUAUGGUUGUGGUGUGUACCACUUUGUUGCGUUGAAAAGUAUUGAUAGUCAAAACAUAUUUUUUUUUGUUUUAAUUUUUUUCACAAUUACCUCUGACUACAGUAUGUGAUUUCUCUGUUUGCUGUCUAUAGAUAACAUUACAUAUACUGCCAAUAUAUCACAACGUAUUAUUAAGAGCCUCGUAAUUAUCUAAAUAAACAUAUAAGAAAUGUUGCUGUACAGAGUACGAUUUGGAAUAUGUAAUCAAAGUACUGUUUUUAUACAUGCAAUGAUAUGUAUGCGUUUGAUAUAAAAACAAUUUUGAUACAUCUAUAAAUCAUGAAAUUUGUGAUAAAAACAAUAUGUGUUCAAUCAAGAUAUUAGGAAUAGAAAUUGUUGCGUUUACUUCGCUCUAAGGAUUUUCUGUUUUUAUCUUACAAUAUUGACUUAUUUGAAUAUGCAUGCAUGUUUAUAAAAAGAAUGUUCAAUAUAUGCAGCAAUCACAUACAUUUAUUUUCAAUAAUAACUAAUAUAGUACUUGUUUUUGAUAAAAAAAAAGAUUUAUCUUCUGAUAUGUUUUAGAAGUAAACAAAAUAUGAAAAUAUUUAUAAUUCCAUUGUGUGCAACACUUUUGUAAACUGCCAAAGAUUAUAUUUUCUUUUACUCGAUUUCAUAUUUUUUAUAAAUUUAUUAAAUUUAUUAAAUGCAUUACAGAUUAAAAUUUAGUUUCCAAACAUUCAUAUACCUUCUUUUGUGUAAUAAAGCUUAGUAUUUCAAUCAGAAAUGUAAAUUAUAAUAAUAUUUUAGUUAAAUGAAACUUUUAUUAAAGAGAAAAUAUGCUUUCGUAAUAAGGGAAACAUUAAAAGAAGUAACAUGAAAUAAAAAACUGUAAAAUGUGAGAAAAGGAGAGAAGAGAGAAAGAAUACAAAGAAAGAAAAAAGGGGAUGAGGAAACACAAUAAAUAGGAUGAUGAAGAGAGCUGGUAGAAAAAGUAAUCCCGAACGAAGCGAGAGGAAAAAAAAAUGAAGGAAGAAAGGGAAAAAAAGAUUAAGGAAGAAAAAGAAAAAAGGACGAAGAAAGAAAAGAUAAGAACAAUAAAUUGAGAGAAGGAGAAUAGAAGAAUUAAAGAAAUGAAAUAAUAAGAAUAAAAAUGAGUUAUAGAAUGUAUCAUAAAUAAAUAAAUUACGAAACAUAAUUCAUAAUCUUGACCUUCCCAUAUUGUAUAUACGUAUUGUAUAAAUAAAUAUGAGAAAAAAUGAAUGCGUAGUAAAGUGGCGGUAAUGAUACGGUACGCGAUUAAAAUAGAUGUAAGUUUAAGUUAUAUUAGUUUGUAAGUAGAAUAUUAUUUUAAGAUUCUUAUAACCUUAAGGGGAAGCAAUAAAAUAAAAAAAAAAUAAAAGUA